CCCACUGCAGCAAGUCACUGCUGAGUGGCCUUCAAAAUUCAUCACCGCCGUCGCUCGUUGUACCUCUUUUCCCAAACCGCCGCCCUCCACCUUCCAUAAUCUCUCUCCCAUGGAAAAAUCCGACGAUGAAACUCAAAACGCUAACGACGACCGCGACGAGCAAACUCCCUCCAAUGUCAACGGCACUGUCGACGACGAGCCCGAACCCGACGAAAUCGAUGACGAAAUGGACGAAGAAGAAGACGAAGACGAGGAGGAGGAGCCACCUCUGCCACGAAAUCCCCUCUCCCAGGAGGCGCGGUUGCGCGCGGAGAAGUCCAAGCUAGAGAACCUGGUCCGUCGGAUGUCGACCGAGCGAGUCGAUCUGAGGGUCCACGACGUUCUGAUCAAGGGCAAUACGAAGACGAAGGAGCAUUUGAUCGAGGCCGAGCUGGCGGAGAUUAAGAAGGCCACCACCAUGCAAGAGCUGCUCGAGGCCGCGGCAAUUGCAAAUGCGAAGCUUCAGAAGCUUGAAAUAUUCGACGCGGUUCGGAUCACGCUCGAUUCUGGCCCGCCGGAGCUGCCUGGAACUACGAAUGUUAUUGUGGAGGUCGUCGAAACUAAGAGUCCAAUUUCUGGCGAAAUCGGUGCUUACACGAAGCCGGCGGCUAGGUCAUGGACUGCUGAAGGAACACUUAAGUUCAAAAAUCUGCUUGGAUAUGGGGAUUUGUGGGAUGGUUCUUUGGCGUAUGGGCCCAACCAAACCUCGGAGUUAAGUGCUGGCCUGUUUAUGCCCAGGUUCAAAGGGUUUGUAACUCCAGUGACGGCACGAGCAUUCCUGCUUUCCCAAGAUUGGAUGGAGUUCUCUUCUUAUAAAGAGCGCAUGAUGGGGCUUUCUCUUGGACUGAUUUCAUCAAAACACCAUGAUUUGGCAUACAACCUGGGUUGGCGAACGCUAGCAGACCCAUCACAAUUGGCCUCGAGGUCAAUAAGAAGGCAGCUCGGCCAUGGAUUACUUUCUUCAAUCAAAUACACAUUUAAGAUUGAUAGGAGAAAUUCACCUUUGAGGCCAACUCGAGGUUACUCAUUUGUUUCUACGAGUCAUAUUGGUGGCAUUGCACCUGAUCAUCGAAGCACAAGGUUUUUGCGUCAGGAGUUUGAUAUUCGUUAUGGAGUUCCAUUAGGAUUUUAUCAUGCUGCACUUAAUUUUGGGAUCUCCGCUGGAGUUAUUUUUCCAUGGGGGUGUGGAUUCUUGAACAAGCCCUCAUCCCUUCCAGAACGGUUCUUCCUGGGUGGUGAUUUCUCUCCAGUUUGCUCUGUGGGGGGCCCUACGAUAGUGUGGGGAUUCAAGACAAGGGGACUAGGCCCCACUGAACCAAGAAGGCAUGUUGGAGAUAAUUCUAAUGAGGAGAAUUCCGAAUUUCCUGGAAGAGAUUCUAUUGGAGGAGAUCUUGCUGUUUCUGCAUUUGCAGACAUUUCAUUCGAUCUUCCACUUCGCUGGUUAAAAGAACAUGGAGUGCACGGUCAUAUUUUCGCAGGUGCGGGGAAUCUGGCAAAAUUGACGGAGAAUGAGUUCCAAAACUUUUCUGCCCCGAAGUUCCUUCAGUCAUUUCGAAGUUCUGUGGGAGCAGGGAUUGUUGUCCCUACCAAAUUCUUCCGCCUAGAGUGCAACUACUACUAUAUACUGAAGCAAUUUGAGCAUGACUGUGGGAAGACUGGCUUUCGCUUCAGCAUCUCAGCUCCGUCAUAGAAUCUGGGAAUUUGUUUUUUACCUGUGAUACUUGAUGUUCGGCUAAACUUGAGGGCGACAUAAAGAGCAAGUCGUUUGAGGUACCUGAGGUAUUUUUUUCCUCCUUUCGGAUUGACAGCCCUGCUCAUUUUCUUAGAAUCUUAGUUCAGACAUCGUUACAAGUACUAUAACUUUUCAUUACCGAAGUCCCUUCAGUCAUUUGGAAGCUCCGUAGGAGCUGCUGGGGUUGUUGUCCCUACGAAAUACGGCCGCCUAGAGGUUAUAAGCAAUAUAAUCUGACUGUAUAGAUAAUAAGCAAUACAUGCAUGUUCUGGUUUGGGGUUUAGGCUUUGUGAAACAAUUUGAGGUUCUUUGGAAGUGCUUAUGAACUAGUGCCCUUAGUUUUUUGAUCGAUAUAUAUGGGUUUUGUUAAUUA